AAGUCUGCAUCCAAUCCAAGAUCUCGGACACCAGCCAUGGACCAGCCAGAGUUAUCUCCAAAUUGAGAAGAAGCUCCUUGUUGUGUCUUGCACUUCAAUUCACGAUGAAUAUAUUACCGAAAAAAAGUUGGCAUGUGCGGACAAAACGAAAUAUCGACCGAGUCCGGAAGGAUGAGGCUCUCGCAGCUCAACAGGAAAAGGAGUUGCAAAGGAGGAUCCAACUUGCUGAAUCGGAAGCCAGAAUAAAUUUUCUGCGCGGAAAAGUACAGUCUGAAGGAUUUGAUUUCGAGAAAGCGGCGACUGCUCAAGUGACAACUGAUCUGUCAUCAGAGGGUCAUCUCAACUUCUUCAAGGAUAUUGAGAAAGCAGAGCGGAAUAUUCAUGCCACAAAUGCGGAUCACGAAAAGGAGAAAAAGGAAGAGAAAGAAGAGUAUGAGAAAAAGAUAGGACUCCUCACAUACCUUGGUCAAAGUUCUAGCGAAGCUGCAGGAAGCAAACCAUGGUUCGCCGAACCACAUGAAGAGCGGCUGCAGCUUUCCAAGGAAUCGGAGAGGAAUGACAAGGAUGCAAAGCUGAAAGACAGCAUGGACCCAAUGAAGAUCAUGAAACAUUAUGUAAAUUUGAAGUGUGGCUUGCAAGAAAAUGGCAAGAAAAUAGCGAAGCUGAAGGAGCUGACUACAGCAUCUGAACGGCACAGACUGUACAAGAAGAAGUCAAAGAAGGUGGGGAAGACCCUUGAAGAAAUGCGCGCCGAUCGACUGAAGAGAGAAAAGGCAGAGAGAGAAAGAGCACUAGAGGUUCUGAGGAGGGCGAGGGGUGAGACGUCCAGGAGGGAGAAGUCUCCAGAAGUCAUUUUGGAUGACCGCCGGAGGGGCUACAACUCUCAGUACAACCCGCACCUUGCUAAGAAGUUCCAAUGAUUCCUCAAAACUGUCACUUAUUUUGUGUUCUGCCUUUUUUCUAUUGAAAUUAAUUUAUGGGCUCCUGAUACACUGCACUGAACUUUAUGGGAGAUUACUGCACUGAUUUGAUGGCAAUCGUGUUUGAUGAGUGCUCCUCGAAUUGUAGUUUUAAAUCAGUGGAGAGAAGAAAAAGUAGCAUUUUGGUUCCGCUUUGUGGAACUUGAUUGUGUCUGUGAUAAAAACACUAAAUAUAUGCAUUGUGCAAGGUGUAGUUUAGCAAAGUAUUGUAUAUGAAGAACCUGACUCUGCUAUGUAGAUAUACAAAUACUGCAAUGUUGCAAACGAUUUAUCCUUUUGGUGUAGACUGGCCACUUCCAAUGUUACUUCCUUUUUGUGCUUUCUUGCUGCCUACUAGUGCCAUUAUUAAAUCUGGCACUUUUGGGACAGGUGCAUACUUCUUUCAUCACACAUUUGUUGACUAUGGUGGCAGGGUGCAUUUGUACCACUUGUACAGUAUCAUCUGGUAACUGUCAUGUCUGUAAACAUCCUCCCAGGAUAAAUAUAAAUAUUUAGGGCAAA